GAGGCUGAAAACAUUAUUUUGUAGGUUACAUACAGCAUGUGUGACUGUUUGCUUUCAGGCCAGCAGGUGGCUCUGAUUCAACAGUCCAAAACUAAUUCAGUCUGCACAUAGUCACAGUAAACAAGUUCCGCUUUCACAACAAACCACGAUGUCAGACUCGGGGCCAAAAUUCAAAAUAGUCAAGUUUUUAAAGCUUAUUAUUAGUAGCUUCGUCAUUACGGUCGUGCUGUUAUUUACUAUAGCAUCUAUCAGGACUUUUUCACUGGACGUAAAUGUCGGACUUCAACUCGCCCACUGGGAAAAGACGAAUAACAUCUCGCUUAUCAUAGACCACCACAGGAGAGAAGAGCUUCUUGCUAAUUUUAAAGAGGCUAUCCGGAUCCCCACAGUGUCAUUCUCACCGACGGAGAGCAACACCACCGCGCUGCUUGAAUUUGACAGGCUCCUCCGAAAAGCCUUCCCAACAGUUUUCUCUUCAAGCUUGGUUCAUCAUGAAUUAGUCGCCAACUACAGCCACCUGUUUUGGGUGCAAGGAUCACAGCCUGACCUGGUGCCAUACCUGCUGCUGGCCCACAUUGAUGUAGUACCUGCCUCAGAGUCGGAUGGCUGGGAGGCCCCACCAUUUUCUGCCAAAGAGAUAGAUGGCUUCAUCUAUGGUAGAGGGACCAUAGAUGACAAGAGCCCUGUAAUGGGAAUACUUCAGGCACUGGAGUAUUUGCUGAUAAAAGGCUAUGCACCACGCAGAGGAUUUUACAUCGGUCUUGGUCAUGAUGAAGAAGUCAGUGGUUACAAGGGGGCAAUGGGCAUGGUGCGUGUACUGAAGCAGCGUGGUGUGCAGCUGUCGUUUGUCCUGGACGAGGGCCUGGCUGUACUCGAUGGAGUCAUCAGUGGUCUUGAAGGACCUGCUGCUCUAAUUGGCAUAAGUGAAAAGGGUUCGGCCACGGUAAAGCUCAGUGUGUCUAUGGUCCCAGGUCACUCCUCACUGCCUCCCAGUGAGACCACCAUUGGGAUCUUGGCUGCAGCAGUCAAAAGACUAGAGGAGAACCCCAUGCCAAGAUUGUUUGGUUAUGGGCCUGAACGUGAAACCUUUGAGCAUCUGGCUCAUAAGUUCGGGCUCCCAUUGAAGUUCAUAUUGUCGAAUUUGUGGCUGUUCUCCCCACUCCUUGGCAGGGUACUUGAAAGAAAACCAGUCACUAAUGCUCUUGUAAGGACAACCACAGCAGUCACCAUGUUUAAUGCAGGAGUGAAGGUGAAUGUCAUCCCCUCCCUCGCUGAAGCUUACGUAAAUCUACGAAUUCACUCAGCACAGUCAUUACAAGAGGUCUUGGACCUCAUCCAGUCUACAGUGGGAGACCAGCGAGUGAAGAUAGAGCUUGUUGAUGGGUUUGACCCUCUGCCUGUCAGUUCUGCUGAUGAAAAGUCCCUUGGCUUCCAGAUCAUUAAGAAAACUGUGUUGGACAUGUUUCCAACAGUUACAGUUGCUCCAGGUAUCUGUAUUGGGAACACAGACAGUCGACACUUCAGAGACCUGACCAAUGAUAUUUAUCGCUUUGCCCCUGUCUGGUUUAAACCAGGUGAUGCUCAGAGAUUCCAUGGCAUCAAUGAAAGGAUUUCCAAAAAGAACUACGAGGAGCUCGUCGUAUUUUUCUUUAGUCUGAUUCAAAACUGUGACAUUCAGAAGCUCCCUGAGCCUCACAGCUCUGUCCAUGAACUCUAAGGAAUAGACAGUAUGGGUAACAAGUCUGAAUAAUUUCAACAGCACCCAACGGGAUCUUGACUUAAUGUAUAGUCACUAAAUUUCAAACAAAAUUAUGUGAUUGUGUAUUUUAAAGCCAGGCGGUACAAUUUUCCAUUGUCAUUUUAGAUUUACAGUAAACCAUGGACUCUUUUCAAUCGUGUUUGAUGACAUACAUUAAUCAACUUGUAGUGAUGAAAUGAUCAUAGGAUAACUAUGUGGUGCUCCUUUACAUUUGUGAUUAGGAUUUUGUGGUAGAAUGCUGUGAUGAUUUUUGAAUUUAAAAUCAUGAUGGUAUGAAAUAAAUUUGUUGUUGGGUUGCUAAUAAUACUGUAGUACUUAAAAACUUGAAAUUAUGAUGGUACAUAUACUGUAUCUUCAAUGAAAUGACUUCAUAAAUAUUUUUUGGCUGCUCAUAACAGACAAUAUAAAAAUAUCCUGCUUACUGUGGAAAUGCUGAAUUGUGAUGUUUAAAAAUGUAUUUUAUUUAUUUGUUGUUGAUUCAAGUACAGUAGUUUUUAAAGAAUGCUGUACUAUCACUGACAGACUUGUUAAAAUGAAUCUUGAUUUGUAAAGGUAUUUGCACACAAUCUUGAGACAGGCAUUGUUUAAAAGUACAACAAAUAACUUUUAAUGAUGUGCUUGUUGUCAUGUGAUAUAUUUGACAAUAUCUAAUUCUGUACUUAUUGUACAGUACACUUAUGAAAUAAAAAUUUCCCCUUAA